GCUGUUCGCAGGUGUUCAACACAGGGUUGCAAAAGGGAGAAUUACAGACUGCACUAAGGCCGGUGCUCUCCUACCAUCCAGAUCUGCUGUAGAGUGAGCGGAGGAGUUGGCUUCCCGACUUGAAAAGAAACAGGUGUCAUUCCUGGAAAACUCGGCAGCAUGGUCAAAGGUAUCAUUCCUGGAAAUCUCGGCAGCAUGGUCAAAGGCAUUCGGUACUUGUUUGUCCUACUAGGGGCUGGUUUCAUCAGUAUGAGCUUCUAUCAAACCACCAGCAGACGCACGUUUAUGACGCACCAGGAAUACCACGAGCAAUGUGAGGCUGAAUGUGUUGAUGAACAACUAUAUGAAAAUAUACCAGAAGACUUUCUGAUCUAUACAUCCACUUGUACAAUUCCAAAUAUUCCUAUCAAUCACCCAAGCAUUGCCAAAUUCAAACGUCAAGAACCUCUAGAG